UGGGCAAGUUGUUCAUGUCCAUUGUAAAAAAGAGUAUACAAAUACUAAUGUCAUAUCUGCUUUGAAACGGAAACUAAGUGCACCAGCAGAAAGAAAUUCCAAAAAUCUAAGAUCUCAAGAAGUCAAAUUCAAUUAUAAGACAAAUUGCCUAUUUUGUGGACAGGGUGACCCAUAUCAAGGUAGAAAGACUGAUUUCAAACUGAACCCUAUAAUGACCCUAGACUAUAGUUCCGCAUGUUUAAAAAUAUGCGACAAACUUAAUUCGCCAUGGAGCGAUGAAGUAAAAGAUCGGAUGCUUUUUUGUCCAGACCUUCCAGCAGCAGAUGCUGUGUACCAUAAAGUAUGUAGCACAAACUUUAGAACUGGGAGGGAUGUCCCCCGAAUUUUUGAACAGAGUGGUUCAAAGGUUAAAAAAUGUGGGAAGGCCACAAGAAGAAGAAAGGGAGAAUGCUUUUAAAAUGGUAGUAAAAUAUCUAGAGCAAGCUGAAGAUGAGCAAAUUUCAAUUGAAAACAGAUUGGAAAAAAUGAAUGAGUAUUUAGAAGGAAAUGAGCCUUUCAGUUGCCGUUAGAGGCAUUUGUGCAAACACAAAUAAAAUUGAUGAUAUUGAUUUAGAUACAGUGUAAUUGCAUUGUCAUGGAAAAUGAAAAGUUUUCAAGCAUUGAUAAUUAAGUCAUGGUAUAAAUAUAAAAGAGUAUUGUAUAUUUUUGAAGUUCAUCUCUCAAUAUAAAAAGGCAAUUUGUAUCCUUGCAGAAGCAAACCAUGAUCUAGACAUGUUAUUCGAAAAGCUGAAAUAGUCUACCCCCCCCCCAAUUAUGUCAGAAUCAUUUUUAUGCACUUUCCCAUGUUCCAUUCAUCUACAAAAUCAUGUUCUAUUGGAUUGUACUCAUCAAUAGUACAAUAAUAAGACAAAAAUUCGGCUGAUACACUUCAAAUGCAAAACUUAUUAGGUCAAGCUAACCCUGACCCUAAAAUUGAACCUGAAAAAUUAACGCAUUUAUGAUAUUUUUAGCAUUUUUUUCUGACAAACCUAUUAAGCUCAAGUUUUGAUAUUGACCAUGCCUAAUCUUUGACAUUAGUUCAGCUAGCAUGAAUUUUUACAAGUUACCAUGAAGCCUGAUAAUAGAGUUAUACAUAAAUAUAGUGAAAAAUGAUCCAAAAUAUAAUACAAGGUAGGGUAUAAACAUACACAAAAAUACAUUUUCUGACAAUUUUUAAUUUUCUGUUGAAUAGAUUUCUCAAUUUUAAUAUGUCUCUGAUGCAUAUCCAAAAAAAGAACUACAAUUUUGUAAUGAGAGCCGAAUGAGAUUUUUUUAAAGAUAUAUCAUUGAGAUUUAGGGGGUGAUUAAGGGGGGUAUCUUCAUCCCUUGAAUUCUUAGUCUUCCACUGCUUAGAUUUUUCUAGAUUUUUGAUAUGUUGUUUCACUUACCAAUGGUUAUUGAUUACACUAGGUUUACAUUGUGUUGCAAUUUUUUCAUUUAUU